GGACGGGGCGGAGUCAGACACCGGAGAAGUGUCACGGCGGGUGAAGUGCGUCUGCUCGUCGAGGGGGUGGAAUAACCUUCCGCCAUCGAGGAGUAAACAUCUGGACUAACUAACAAACCGAGCGACAGCACUUCACAUAGACCCUGCACCGACUCGUACUUGUUGUUUAAACAUGUCCUCCAUGGACCUGGAGCGGCUGAAGAUGACGGGGGCCGGCCGGGCCAUGGCUGUGCUGACCAGCGGCGGAGAUGCGCAAGGGAUGAACGCAGCUGUCCGAGCUGUGACCCGGAUGGGCAUUUAUGUGGGGGCCAAGGUCUAUCUUAUUCAUGAGGGAUACCAGGGCCUGGUGGAUGGAGGGGACAACAUCAAACUGGCUCACUGGCACAGUGUGACCAACAUCAUCCAACAGGGUGGGACUGUGAUUGGUAGUGCCAGAUGCAAAGUCUUCACAACUCGGGAGGGCAGAGUCGCCGCCGCCUACAACCUCGUGAAGAAAGGCAUCACCAACCUGUGUGUGUGUGGUGGAGACGGCAGCCUCACCGGGGCCAACAUCUUCCGCAGUGAGUGGAGCAGUUUGCUGGAGGAGCUCGUUCAGAAAGGACGGAUCACAGACACUCUGGCCCAGCAGCACGAUCACCUGAACAUCGUGGGGCUCGUUGGCUCCAUCGACAACGACUUCUGUGGCACUGACAUGACCAUCGGAGCCGACUCGGCGCUGCACCGCAUCAUGGAGAUCAUCGACGCCAUCAUGACCACGGCACAGAGCCACCAGCGCACUUUUGUUCUGGAAGUCAUGGGUCGACACUGUGGGUAUCUGGCCUUGGUGUCAGCGCUGGCGUCUGGGGCCGACUGGCUCUUUAUUCCAGAGUCUCCCCCUAAGGAGGGCUGGGAGGACCGUAUGUGUUCCCGUCUAGAAUCGAGCCGUAUAAAGGGGUCAAGACUAAACAUUAUAAUCAUCGCAGAAGGAGCCAUUGACAUAAAUGGCAAACCCAUCUCCUCAACUUAUGUAAAAGAUCUGGUGGUGGAUCGGCUGGGAUAUGACACCAGAGUGACAGUACUCGGCCACGUCCAGCGAGGAGGGACUCCCUCGGCCUUCGACAGAAUUCUGAGCAGUAAGUUGGGUGUGGAGGCUGUAGUGGCUCUGAUGGAGGGCUCUCCUGACACUCCAGCCUGUGUCAUCGGCCUGUCAGGUAACCAGGCUGUUCGUCUUCCUCUAAUGGAGUGUGUGGAGAUGACUAAGUUGGUGCAGAAUGCCAUGAACGAGAAGAAGUUUGAUGAGGCGGUCAAACUGCGAGGAGGGAGUUUUGAGAACAACUGGAACAUCUACAAGCUUCUCGCCUUCCAGAAACCGGCCCAGGUUCAGAGCAACUUCUCCGUGGCUAUUCUGAACGUUGGAGCUCCGGCUGCAGGGAUGAAUUCAGCCGCGAGGUCGGCGGUGAGAUUAGCACUCGCUCACGGACACAAGGUCUUUGCGGUCAACGAUGGAUAUCAAGGACUGGCCAAUGGAGCGGUUUCUGAAAUGGAAUGGCACAGUGUGGCCGGAUGGACGGGACAAGGGGGCUCGCUGCUGGGAACCAAACGGACGCUUCCAAAAAAAGACAUGGAGAAGAUUGUGGAAACCAUUGCCAAGUUCAACAUUUCAGCUCUUCUUGUAAUUGGAGGGUUCGAGGCGUACGAAGGAGUGCUGCAGCUGUUUGAAGCCCGGAGUCACUACAACGAGCUCUGUAUACCCAUGUGUGUGAUCCCUGCCACCAUCAGCAACAACGUGCCUGGAACUGACUUCAGCCUGGGAGCAGACACUGCCGUCAACGCUGCCAUGGAGGGCUGUGACAAGAUAAAGCAGUCUGCCAGUGGGACCAAGAGAAGAGUGUUCGUGGUGGAGACUAUGGGUGGAUUCUGUGGCUAUCUGGCCACGUCCACUGGAAUAGCUGUGGGUGCUGACGCAGCGUACAUCUUUGAGGACCCCAUCAACAUCAAUGACCUGAAGACCAACGUGGAGCAUUUAGCUGAAAAGAUGAAGAAGGACGUUCAGCGGGGUCUGGUACUGAGGAAUGAGAAAUGCCAUGAAAACUACACGACAGAUUUCAUCCACAAGCUGUAUUCCUCAGAGGGGAAGGGCAUCUUUGACUGCAGAGUCAAUGUGUUGGGACACCUUCAGCAGGGUGGUGAACCUUCUCCCUUUGACAGAAAUUUUGGCACCAAGUUGGGUGUGAGGGUGAUCCAGUGGAUUUCAGAGAGAUUGACAGAAAACUUUCGCCAAGGCCGGGUGUUCACCAACUCGCCAGAUACAGCGUGUGUGCUCGGCCUACACAGGAAGGUCAUCAAGUUCACCCCUGUUGCUGAGCUGAAGGCUGUGACUGAUUUUGAGCACCGGAUGCCCAAGGUCCAGUGGUGGUACAACCUGCGGCCAAUGCUAAAAAUGUUGGCUAAGUAUCAGACAAGCUUCUGUGAAUACGUCCCAGGAGAGAUCGAACAUGUGACCCGACGCUCCCUCAGCAUCGAUUCAGGGUUCUAAGCUCUCUGAGACCACAGUGUAUUCUGUCCCUCUUUUGUUCCCACACAGAUUUAAAUUAGCUGCUGUGCACGUUCACUUGACUGACCAAGACAGCAGAUACUGUAACUACUGAACUGUAAAUAUUAUAAGUGUACUUCAAAUACUCAUUUGAUGAAUGAGGCUUUUUCGCAAUUCCAAACAAAGCAAUUGCAAAUUGGAAACCACUGCCAAAAAUAGAUGACUCAAGUCUAAGUUAAAAUGUACUGCGCAAUAUAAUAUAGAGUACAUUGUGUGUGUUGUUUGCUUAGAAAUCACAUAUUUUAAGAAAUUCCAACUUCACAAAUACUGAUCCAUUAAAAUAUGACUGUGACUCGUGGGACCUGUGAGUAGUUGAUUUUAUUUUUGCAUUGUAUCUGACUGAAACACUGCUUCUGUCUAAGUAAACUUAACAGCUAACCACAAAUUACCAACAGGCAGUUUAUGUAAUAACUUACUACAUGGAACUCUGUAAAGAAAUAUGGACUUGUGUGUUAUGGUGUUACUAAUACUAUAACUGUAUCUUCAAUAAAGUGUUAUUCAACUGUA